AUGGGUUCUUACUUCUUAGUCUUUACAUUCUCUUUUGUCCGGUUUCUUCCAAUUUUGACGGUGGGGCAAACUUCCGGUUUAGGGUUUAUCCGGCUGAGUCAGCAAGUGGAUAGGUACUUAUCUGACGGUGUAAAAACUGUCCAAUGA